AUGCUGAGCCAGAGUCGUCUGUCCUCUAAUAGGACGAUAGAGACGGGGGAGGGGCUCAAGAAGAAGGACGCGUGGGAUCGCCGUAUCGAGUCGACGCUGCAGCAGCUGGGCCAUCUCUACACUAGCCACAUCGAACCUGUAGAGAAGUGCUACGACUACAACGUGUUCCGCCCCACGUGGUUCGCCGAGUCGAUCAAGCAGAAGCGGCCGUUCGUGACAUUUCUCGGCCCUUUCUCAGCGGGCAAGUCCUCCUUCAUCAACUACCUGCUGCAGGGCGAUUACCUCCUGACAGGGCCACAGCCUGUCACCGACAAGUUCACUGUCGUCAUGUAUGGCGAGCGAUCUCAGCAGAUCCCUGGCCGUGUGCUCAUGGCAGACAGCGGACAGCCCUUCCGUGGUCUCUCGCAGUUUGGCGACGCUUUCGCGGAGUUCUUCGCCGGCGUGCUGGCACCCCACCCACUACUACGCUCCGUCUCGUUUGUCGACACCCCUGGCGUCCUUGAAGCGGCCGGCGAUGCCCACUUCCGCCGCUACGACUACAUUGAGGUGUGUCGAUGGUUUGUUGAGAAGAGUGACCUCGUCUUCUUCUUGUUUGACCCGACAAAGCUAGACGCCGGGGCAGAGCUGCGGCAGGUGUUCGGGAAGGCUCUCCGCCACCACGAGAGCAAGAUACGCAUCGUGAUGAACAAGGCUGACUCAGUGCGGCCGCAGGAGCUGAUGCGAGUGUACGGCUCCUUGUACUGGAGCUUGUCAAACUUGGUCCGCUCAACGGAGCCGCCGCGGCUGUACGUGUCCAGCUUCUGGGAUAAGCCUUACCGCAGCGGCACCGACUACGCCCUUUUUGAGAAGGAAAAGGAGGACUUGUUGUACGAGCUGAUCGUCACGGUCCCGCUGCAGUCGCUUGACCGCCGCGUCACGUCCGUGAUGCGACGCGCCCAGGACGUGCUUCUCUUCGUGCUUAUCUGCGCUACUUAUCGCACCCGCUUACCGGUUGUUUUCGGCAAAGGCAAGGCAAAAGAGCGCUUCUUUGAAGAGUACGAGACCAUCAUCCAGGACCUGGCAUCGCGCUACCACGUCAGUGCGAACAACUUCCCCAGCGUCAAGGAUGUGCGCGCGUUCCUGGCCAAGGUGGACUCCAGGGACUUCCCUGACGUUGAAAAAUUGGAAAAGCGGGGGUGGAUCAAGCUGCUUAAGGACUCCAUCGAAACAGACCUUCCGCGCUUGCUCCAGCCAUUGAAGGAGCACUCGAUGAGCGACCCGCGAGAGCAACGCGACGCCAUUAUUCUUCAGAGAAAUUACAUAAAAAAGCAGGCCAUUGCAGCGUCUGAUGCUAACGCGGCCUCCGUAGCGAACCUUGGCGGCAAUAGCCCACCUCGAGCGGCCGCGGCACUCGCAGUAUCACCGUCCAUCGCAGCUGCACCUGCCGUGAGCAGCCUCCCGUCUACCCCCGACACGCAGAUGCAGAUGAUGACGCUGCUGAUGCAGAUGAUGACCAUGCAGCAGCAGCAGCAGCAGGCUAGUAGUGCCUCGACGGGUCCGGCUAGUAGUGGUACAACAACGGCGGUGCCGAAUGACCAGAUGCAGCUCACAAUACAGAAUAUGAUGACUAUGAUGCAGCAGCAACAGCAGCAGUAG